AUGUCGCGUUUCGUUUGUUUGGCAAUGCUCGUCGUCGUCCUGGCCACUGUGGCUGUCUCUGCCAAGCCGCACGAGGAGAUCAGCAAGGAGCACGCCCAUGAAGUGGCCCAGGAGUGCAAAACGGAGACGGGCGCCACAGAUGAGGAUGUGGAGCACAUGAUGAAGCAUGAGCCCGCCGAGUCGCAGGAGAGCAAGUGCCUGCGCGCCUGCAUGUUAAAGAAGUUCAAAAUUAUGGACGACGCCGGCAAGCUAAGCAAGGAGCACGCCCUGGAGCUGGUCAAGGUCAUGAGCAAGGAUGAUGCCGAUAAGGAGGCCGCCGGCGCUGACAUUGUGGCAAAGUGCGAGGCCAUUGAGGUGCCCGAGGAUCACUGCGACGCGGCCGUUGCCUAUGAGAGCUGCAUUGUGGAGCAUAUGCGGGAGCACGGCCUUCCGCUGGAGGAGCACUAAAGCAGCACCAAGCCUCACACCACAUCCCUUUCGGCGCCCCUUGAUAUAUGUGAUCCGCAAUUGUCUCUAAAUAUUUUUUUUUUUUUGUAUGACCUAUGCUAUAUAUGCGUCUAGUUCCUAAGUGCAUGCGAAUAAACUGCGCCAACUGCAGGCUACAUC